ACAAUUUGUAAAUUGUAAACUCGAUUAUUAUUAGAGAGAAAAAAAAGUAAGAAAACUAAAUUUGUUAACUGAAAAAGAAAACUAGAAAUCUCUCUCCCCUCGCUGAGCAUCCACCGCUUCUCAGAAAUAAUUGUAAAGGGUUUCCUUUUUCCUGUCAAAUUCAAAAGUAUUAGUUUAGGAAAUUUUGGUAAUCUAGGGUUAAGAGUAAAACAGAAAAAAGAAAGAUGGAGUCUUCUGUGGGUUCGAACUCGCAUGGGAACCUGGACGAACAGAUAUCGCAGCUGAUGCAGUGCAAGCCUUUAUCGGAGCAGGAGGUUAGGGCAUUAUGUGACAAGGCUAAGGAGAUACUGAUGGACGAAAGCAAUGUUCAGCCUGUCAAAAGCCCUGUUACAAUAUGCGGUGAUAUUCAUGGGCAGUUUCAUGAUCUUGCAGAGCUUUUUCGAAUUGGAGGGAAGUGUCCAGAUACAAAUUACUUGUUCAUGGGAGAUUAUGUUGAUCGUGGUUACUAUUCAGUUGAAACUGUAACACUCUUGGUAGCCCUCAAAGUGCGUUACCCUCAACGGAUAACAAUUCUCAGGGGAAAUCAUGAGAGCCGUCAGAUUACUCAAGUGUAUGGCUUUUAUGAUGAAUGCUUAAGGAAGUACGGAAGUGCUAAUGUUUGGAAGAUCUUUACUGAUCUGUUUGACUAUUUUCCGCUAACGGCAUUGGUUGAAUCUGAAAUUUUCUGUCUCCAUGGUGGAUUGUCGCCAUCCAUUGAAACCUUGGAUAACAUACGUAAUUUCGAUCGUGUCCAAGAAGUCCCUCAUGAGGGUCCCAUGUGUGAUCUAUUGUGGUCUGAUCCGGAUGAUCGUUGUGGUUGGGGUAUUUCUCCAAGGGGUGCUGGAUAUACCUUCGGCCAAGACAUAUCUGAGCAAUUUAACCAUACAAACAAUUUGAAGCUUAUUGCUAGGGCUCAUCAGUUGGUAAUGGAAGGAUACAAUUGGGGUCAUGAACAAAAGGUUGUUACUAUAUUUAGCGCACCCAAUUAUUGCUAUCGAUGUGGAAACAUGGCCUCCAUCCUGGAAGUUGAUGACUGCAAGGGUCAUACGUUUAUUCAGUUUGAGCCAGCUCCUAGGAGAGGAGAGCCAGAUGUAACCCGGAGGACACCUGAUUACUUCCUAUAGAGCACACUAACUUUGCGUUGUUGAAUCUCUUGUGGCCUGUGCCCGUCAAUGGGUUUGCGCUGAGGGCUUUUGCGAAAUUUAAGAUGCGAUUUGUUUGGCAAUGGCGGCAAGCUUGUACAUGGCUAGUGAGUGACGCUGCUUCCUUGGUGAGGGUUGGUUGGGUUGUUUCCUUGAAUUGAGUUUUGGUUGGUUUACGCGAGGCAGAAAAGCUGGGCAACUCUAUAGGGCCAUAUAUAUAUGUACCAUUUCCAGCUGACUGACAGACAAUAUGGCAUUUACUUUCCUUUUAAUUUUUGUUUUUAAAAGAAGGGCUGUUUGAGGAUUGGGGUUGGGGAUCUGUAGAGAUACUGACAACAUUUUCCUUGUAUGUUUGUGAAUGACUUUGUGGGGCUCAAGUUGUUCAAAAUUCCAAAUGUGAAUGACUAAUUUUAUUGGCAACGUA